UUUUCUGUUGUUUUUUUUUUUUACCGUGUCCUGUCUGGCUGUGAAGCAAGCAGAAUUGAUGUCUGAAUGCUGGUGACAAGCCUUACAGAUUUACUCUCAGGUGGACUAUCAAAGCGUUUGCUUUUAAUGUCACGCCUGAUACUUUGAGGAUUUACGGAGGAAGGAUGUGACCGAAGAACAAUAAUAAUUACACUGUGAGACAAAGUUAAAAUGUUUUCAGUCAACAUGGAAAUUAAACGAGUAGAAAUCCCCUCCAGCGUCCUGGAUGAUCUGUGCAGUCGGUUCAUCCUUCACAUCCCCAGUGAGGAGCGGGACAACGCCAUCAGAGUUUGCUUCCAGAUCGAGCUGGCUCACUGGUUCUACCUGGACUUCUGCAUGCAGAACACUCCAGGAGCACCUCAUUGUGGGAUCAGAGACUUCGCCAAAGCUGUUUUCCAUCACUGCCCUUUCCUUCUGCCCCAUGGAGAAGACGUGCAGAAGGUUCUAGAACAGUGGAAGGAGUACAAGAUGGGUGUACCGACUUAUGGAGCCAUUAUCCUGGACGAAUCACUAGAGAGCGUACUACUUGUUCAGGGCUACCUUGCAAAAUCUGGCUGGGGCUUUCCAAAGGGUAAAGUGAAUGAGGAUGAAGCUCCCCAUGACUGUGCAGUUCGUGAGGUGCUGGAAGAGACUGGCUUUGAUAUCAAGAACCGCAUUUGUAAAGACCGGUACAUUGAGCAGAAGAUCACCGACCAGUUGGUACGGCUCUAUAUCAUACCGGGGGUGUCCAAGGACACAAAGUUUAACCCCAAAACAAGGAAAGAGAUCCGGAACAUCGAGUGGUUUCCUAUUGAGAAGCUGCCCUGCCACAGGAAUGACAUGACCCCCAAAUCUAAACUUGGCCUUGCCCCUAACAGGUUUUUCAUGGCCAUUCCAUUCAUGAGGUAG